AUGGCAACCGAUUCAGAGAGCGGCACCUUUUUAGGGCGUGGCAACCUGAAGAACCAGCGUGGAGACACGGUCAGUGCGCAGGAGCUCUAUGGCAAGUCCGUCGGUCUGUUGUUCUGCGACGGCAGCAGCCCGCGCUGCUGCUCCAUCAUCCCCUUUCUCAUCCAGUUUUACAACAGCGUGAAUGGACAGGGUACAAUGCCGAAGAUAGAAAUCGUCUACGUGAGCUGCGACGCUACACGGGAAACCUUCGACAACAACGUGCGGCGCAUGCCGUGGCUGCACCUGGAUUUCAACGACCCCCUGCUGCCGGUGCUCCGUCACAGGUACAACGUCAUCGAAUGCGAUGCUGACUACGGCAGCUUCAACUCUGUGGAGAUACCAUCUAUUAUUGUGGUUAACAGCCACGGUAGCGAGAUCCAGCGAUUCGCUCUUUACCACGGCCGUGAGCAGAGUGCGCAGGCUCUGAGGCGCUGGGACUGGCGCAACUGCCUUUUCGCAUGA